UUGUAGUACUGUAACCAAACACUGUAGGAUGUUAUGGUCGCUGGUUGGCUGUUGGUGCUUCUAAUGCGAACUGUAGUUUUUGAACCUUCUUCUGUACAUUUGUUGCAUUCUAAGAGACAGCAAUGGCUGGAUUACCACCCGGAGACCCUACUUUGGUCGCCAUGAUAGUGAACCAUUUGAAGAGCCAGGGAUUGUUUGACAAGUUUAGAAAAGAUUCACUGGCAGAUGUGGAUACAAAGCCUGCAUAUCAGAACUUAAGGCAACGUGUUGACAACUUUGUAUCGAAUCAUUUGGCUGGCCAUACUUGGAGUCCACACCUAAACAAAAAUCAGCUUCGGAACAACAUCAGGCAGCUAGUCCUUCAGUCUGGAAUGCUUGAAGCAGGCGUUGACAGAAUUGUUUCCCAGGUUAUUGAUCAGAAAAUAACCCAUAUAUUUAGACCACAGGUGGAAAAGGCUGUUCAUGAAUUUUUGGCUACUUUAAGUAAGAAGGAUGAGUCUCCAGUUAAUACAGCCCAAGCAGAAGAUUCACAAGAUUCUAUUUCUGCUACCCAAGGUAUUGUCACACCUGGCCCUAGCAGUGCUAGUGAUGCUUUGUCCAUUUUGGAUACAAUAACCUCCCUCAAUGAAGAAGCAAGUGCUGUUAGAACUUCCUCAGAAAAUGUAGUUUCGAAAAACAGUGAAAAGUCAUCAAAGAAGUCUCUUCUGCAGCAGUUCGCAAGUACUUUGCUAGAAAGAGAACGAUGCUUAGAAGAAGGGCAGGAAAGUGACAAAUGUGUUUCAGAGCCGUUAUUGGAGGUAGGUGGUGCAGCUUUGCAGGUAGAAACCCUGGAGCUUGGUUGUGCAGAUGAAGAUCUGAGGAUUUUUGUUAAAGAACCCAACUGUUUGACCCAGUCCAGCAAAGAAAUUAUGGAAGAAAAUGAAGAACAAUUUAAAAUACCUGAGAAGACUGAUAAAAAGUUGGACAACACUGAAAAGGGGGAGAAAAAAGAGGAAAGAAAAGAAAAAGUCCCGGAUAAGAAGACUGAUAGUACAAAAAAGGCUGAUGACAUUGUGAGACUGAAGGAGAGUGAAUCUGAACCAGUGAAACAGGUGCUGCCUGAGAAGGGAAGUGCUAAACAGAAAGUCAAGGAAAGAUUAAAAGAAGAAUAUUCUCUGGAGGAUUCAGAUUUUGAUGGGCUAAGUGACAUUACAGUCAGUUCUGUCCACACUAGUGACUUAUCGUCAUUUGAAGGAGAGAGUGAAGAAGAAAUCCCUGUGUCUGACAGCACUGAAGAAGGAGAAAUAACUUCUGAUGAAGAAGAGAAGAAAAAGCAGCCAGAAGGCCAAGAGGACAAAAAAGUCAAGAGAGGCCGCCAUGCUUACAUCCAUAAACCAUACCUGUAUUCCAAGUACUACAGUGAUUCUGAUGAUGAACUAACAGUAGAGCAACAUCGUCAGUCUGUUGCUAGAGAAAAAGAAGAACGGUUGUUAAGGAGACAGAGAAACAGAGAAAGACUUGAGGAAAAACGCAAGCAGAAGGCUGCAGAGAAAGCAGUGUACCUGAAAAUGAAAAGUCAAGUAAAAACAGGAAUGGAUCAGCGUGAUUCUCCAUCUCCAGGAAGUUGUGAGGCUAAGCAACCCAGUAUUAAGGAAGCACUUAAAGAACAGAAGAUUCUGGAAAAGAAAGUAGUCCUUAGUAAAAAAAGAAGAACAGAUACAAGACCCCCAGAUGACUGUCGAAAAAGAAAACGUGAACGUGUAGAAGAUAGUUCUAAAGAAGUGCAGAAAUUAGCAGAGAACAAUGAAAAAACAAUGCCUUCAUCUUUAAAAGAUGCAAAAUAUGCACAUUCCAAAAGUGAGACACCAAAGUCUUCAAAAAAGCAAGAACCUAUACUUGUAACAGAAGAGAACAAAAAUGAUCAUGACGCGGACUCAGAACUUAAAAGAAAGAAGUCUACUAGUAGUGUUCACACUUUACAAGCAGAAUUGUCUGCACAUAUUCUGGAAAUAAAGGAACCUAAAAAGCACUCCUCUAAACCUAAAAACGAUUCUUCCAUUAUAGGUGAUACUAAUGAAGAGCAACAGAAGCAAAGGACAAUUCCAAAAACAGACAGGCACUCUAGAAGAGAAAGUAAUGACUCUGAGAUUCAAGGUGUACGAAGCAUAUACAGGAAGGAUGUAAAGUCUCAUCAUAAGAAUGAGAAGGACAAAAUAUUUUUGGAAGAUAAAAAUGUUUCAAGACACAGACCUAAGAAUGGCUCUACACAGAGAUUAGGGGAGGAGACAGAACCCCGUUCUGACAGAUGUUUUAAAUCUGAGGAAAUUCAUCUGAAGGACACCAGCCAGUUGAAAUUUUUUUCAGAAGACAAAUAUGACAGAAAAAGCAAGCACAGGAGUGACAUGAGGGUGCCUAUAGUGAAUAAAGAUAUAAAAGGUUCUGAGUCAGGAUUAAAACAUGAAGAAAUAUCACCAAAGGACAAAAAGGAUCGUCAUUUAUCGCAUGAAAGGUCUAGAUCAGAGCAUAAAUCAAGAAGUGAAAAGCCUACCCCUGAUAAGCUACACAAAUCAGAAAGUAGUGCAAAGCACCAGCUAACUGCAUCACACAAGAAAACAGAAAGCUCUUCAGAGGAUAGAUCAGAUCUAGACUCUGUUAUUUCUGAGUCUAGAUCACGGGUGGAAAAGAGUUCAAACAAAGACAGUAAGAGAAAAUCCAAGAGUCCUUUGGAAGACAAGUACUCAGGAAAACAUAAAUACAGGAUACACAGCAAACAGCGUAAAGGAGUAGAAUGUAGGUCGAGAUCAGAAGGCAGUCAUAAAGGAGAAAAAGAAAAAAGCAGUACCGAUGCUGAUUCUGUUGUGUAUGCCAGAUCAAAAAGUUUGGACAAAACUGAAGGAAGCACUGUAGAUCAUAAUCUGGAAAGUAGUGUGAGUGCAGCAAAUAAUACACUAAGGGAUGACACCAGCCACAAGAAUGCUUUCACUGACAAAUCGGUUCAAAAAGAGAAAUUAAAAAACAGUGGUAGAGAAACUGUGCCUUCUAAGACAGAAAAGAGGCUUUUGGGAAAGGGAAACAUAAGUAAAGAUAUCAAACAAAGUAAUAAGGAAGCAAGAAGGAGAGAAGAAGUCAACAAGAUAAAUGAAAAAGAGCUAAAAGAAACAGAAUCCACACAUGUUGAAUCUAACAUACCUUUUGAUAAGAAGUCUACUAAAAAGGGUGACAUACCAAAGAGAAAAGAGGUUGCUUCUGCAUUAGCACAAGCAAGUCAUACCAUGGAAGAUAAAAGCACAGCAUCGCUUAUGGACUGCAGUACAUUGGUUCUUUAUGAAGCAAGCAAACAUUUGGAAAGCAUGCCUGUACCUCAGCUCCUGGUUGAACCUAUGGAGGUUGAUCUUAAGUCAAGCAGUGACAGUAUUAACCUAGUGCAACUCAGACAUGGAGAUAAUCAAACAGCCAAUGAAAGCUUGAAAAGAAAGUUGGGCGACCAUAUCCCUCUAUUAAAGUUGGAUUCUGAAGAUGGCACAACAAAUUCAGAAAUGGAACUGAGUGAAACAGUCAUAAAUGUAAACAGCGCAUACAAGGGUGUUUCUCAAUUGCAUACACUUGCUCCAGUUAAAAGUGAUUCUGAAGAAGUUAGCAAUAUAAAUUCAGUAAGGAAAAGGGAAGCUCUGCACCCCGUUUCCAGACAUGAUAUAGAUGCCAUUGUGAAGUUUGCAACAGUAAAGGAAGGUUCUGGAGAACAAGUUUGGAGCCAUGAAGCAGACACAGCUGAUGUAUCUUCCAGAGACAAGACAGAGCCUGAUGUAUGUAGUUUCCCUAUAAAAGAUGCUUUAGAAGGUAGUGAUUUGAGUAAAAAUGGAGUAGAAGAAAGAUGUCUGACAGGAAAAGUGUCCGAGUCCAGUGAAUACUAUUGCUCCAAAAACACAGCUGAUACAAACAAAAAUGCAUAUUUGCAGGUCUCUGAAUCCAUUAAUGGUGUUGGUAAUGCAUCAAAAUUUAAGAUGGAUGCAUUAGUUCAUAAUUCUUUGCAAGGGUCUGGAAGUAUCCCGGAAAUGAAAGAGUCUGUUUCCAUACCUGCACAGACAAAAAGUGUAAUGGAAACUACAGUUUUACAUAAAGUGAGAAAUAAUUUACUACCUGAGAGAGGAACUGUUGGGGACACUGCCAUGCAGGUAGGGCAUGGCUGUGUAAAGAAACUUCUAGUGUUGGAAGAGACUGGAACUGUUGGAAAACCUGCAGUAAUAAGAGAGGCACCUACUAUAGAGUCUCCAAGUAUGAGGUAUAUGUUGGAAAUUACAAAUCCAUCUCAAACUAAAGUUGUAAAUGAAGCAUGGUCAGCUGCAGAGCCGGUUGCUGUCACUAGCAUAAAGGUAGAAACUUUAAAUGCAGUUGAUAAAACCAUAACACCACUAAAAGAAGAUACAGUAGAGGCAGCAGCACAAGUACUAGAAGCCAAAGCUGUAGAAGAAUCAGCAGCACUAUCAGAAAAUGUCACCAUGAAUGCUGCUGCAGUGAGUGAGAGUAGCAGUGCUUUGGAUAGUGCCACACUGCCAUCACAGGCUGGGAAAAUAACUGAUGAUGUAACAGUGUUGACAGCCCCAGGAGAAGGUGGAGAUAUGCAUGAAGCAACAGUCCCACAGAAGGCAAGGGAUGCACCAGGAUCCACAGUAUCAGCAGCAAGUGAUAAUGUGGAGGAAACCACAGCAACUGCAGAUAGCAGAUCAAAGGCUGGAGCUACUGUUACAACUUUAUCAGCCAACAGUGUUGAAAAUGAUGUAUCACUAGAGACUGGUGAAAUCAGAGUAGGAUCAGUGCCAGAGGCAGCAGCAGUUUCAUCAGUGUUGAGUUCCUUGGUGGAAGAUGCUGUGUCUGGUCAGAUUGAAACUACAGUGGGCAGUUCUACAGAAGCAGAUGAUGUGAUGGAUGCCACUGUUCCAGCAGCUGUAGUUGGGAAUGAAAUGGUUAACACUGUAUCAGCAGACAUAUGUACUGGUGUGGAUGCUACAGUACCAGCACAAAAAAUGGGUAAUCUGGAAGCUACAUUACCAGAGGAAGUGGGUGAUGCAGACAUUGCUGUAGUGCCCCAAGAGCACUUUGGAAAGGCUACAGAGCAGAAUGAAGUAAUGUUUGCAAGGAAAGUUGAAGUGUCAAAUGACUCUAGUGCUGGUGCAAGGAAUGUGCAAGGUAGUCAAAGUAUGGAGGAGGAAAGCAGUUUUAUCCAAGACGUGAGAUGUCGUCCAGAGAAGUCCAUUUCAUAUAACUCAGGUGAUGCAAGUGAAGCUCAUCUUGAAAUUAGUGCAGGUUGUGCAGAAGAGACUGUAGUCCAAGAUUACCCAGAUGAGGCUGUAGUCCCAAAUGAAACUGGUAUAGCUGAGGAAUGUUUUGCCAACUGUGAAUCACAAAAUGGUAACGCUGCAUUAGUUCAGGCUGCAAUAUUGGGUGUGGAGGGAGCUAAAGUCUUUGAUAAAACUGAGGGAAGAGAAAAGGUAGCAGCAGUUGAGGAUCAGAGAUGCAGAGUAGCAAGGAAAGCUGCAGUUAGUGACAAAGAAGAAAGCCCAUUUAAGGAUGCAAACUGUACUGGCGAAACUUCACAUGAAGGACAAAUAGUAGAUGUAGACAUAGCUACUGUCCACCGAAACAAAUUGGAUGAAUGCAAUUAUAAUUUGAGUAAGCCACCAGAACAUAUAGAUGCUCCAGACAAGGCAGUGAAGAUUGCUGAGAAAUCUGUAGUUCAUGAUAAAUUGGAUAGUGUAGUUAAAGAUGCAGUACAGGAACACAAUGGUUGUAUGGGAGAAGUUGAUCUAAUAGCCCAUGGACAAAAGGGACUUACACAGGAGGUUAAAAUAGUGGAUAGUGAUAACAGCAUUGUGGACAGGAUUGAAAAGGAUGCCUUUCACAAGAAGGAGCAAUGUGCUGAAGUUAGCACUGGUAACACUGCAAAUGAGGCUACUGUAAAUGCUUUAAAAUGUAGUAUGAGUGUCUUUGAUGCCGUUCCUGUUGAUACUGAUAGAGAGGGAGUUGUAGUAGAAUGUGCUGUAAGAGAUGAGGAAAGGAGUAGUGGAGCUGAAUCUAGAAAUGUUGUUAAAGCAGAGCCUGUUGAAACUUUGCAUUGUGUUGUCAAUGAAAAUGUGAACAAUGCAGUUUCAAGUACUGUUGCCAAAACAGCUGGUGAUCACCUUUGCACCUCAUCCAAAGUUUUAAUUCAAGCUACUGUUGAAGAUAAUAGUGGCAUAGUUGAUAAAGCUUCUAAGGAAAACGCAAGUGCAGGCUUAUUUAUGAAAGAUUACAGAGGUAUGAUAGACACAACUAAUAAAAAGAAUACUGGGGAUGGUACAGACCCUCUUUCUCAUCAAGAAGUGCUGGGUACAGUGGGAAUCAUUUCUGAAGAGGGGCAUAAGAGCACUGAAGAUAUUAAUCAUGAGCUCAACAGUUUAUCAGAGCAUGUAGGUGCUGCAGGAAGUGUCCCCUCUCAGGUGCCUAAAGCUUCUUUGUGUCACAUAUCUGAACAUGAAGGAGAAAAAUACAAAGAUGAUUUAAAGGAACAAAACUGCAAAAGUGUUAAAAAUGUUGAAGUUAGUGACACUGAUGCAAAGCCUUUUCACACAAAUACCACAGGUGAUAGUGUUAAACCUCAUGAACUUAAUGCUGCUGUUCAGGAAAUUAGUGACUCUUCUGCUGCAGUUUUGCACGAGUCAGUAUUAUUAUCUGAAGAAAGAACUAAGUGUUUUUCUCAGGAAAGUACAGAAAUAACAGACAGACUAACUGUAAUUUCUGAUGGCAGAGUAUCAUCAGAUCCUGAAUUUCACAGGACACUGCUAGAUUGCAAUACAGUGACUUUACUACCUCAUUGUGAUAAACUUUCUGCAGCAACUGGAAGGAUAGAAAAAAAACGACCCAGAGAAGAUGAGACUGCAGAAGGGGACCUCAAAGUUACUGAACUCCCCAAGGACACUACAGGUUCUAAAUCAGAAGAAAGUAUGGAACCAGAAAAAAAGCGUGUAAAAGUAGAACCAGCAAAGGAGGAAGAAGAUGAGGAGGAGGAGGAAGGCGAUGAUGAUGAUGAGGAAGAGGAGGAGGAAGAAAAACCAACAAGAGCAACAACUAGGUCAGCCUCAAAGUUGGAAGCCCAAAGAAACCGCCCAAGUACACGCGCUGUUGCUGCCAAACUCAGUUCUGAUGCACCCAGGUCUCGAGAACACAGGUCACUGUCAACAGUAAAAGAAAGGUCAUCAUCAUCAUCAUCCUCUUCAUCUGAAACCAGAGUUGCCAAAUCCUCUCAGCCAGUCUCAUCUACAAGGUCAAAGGUUCAGCCUGCAUCAGGUGCUAAACAAGGACGGAAGAGGGAAGCCAGCCCCUCGCCACUGAGAACACGGGGGCAACAGAAAAUGGAUGAAACACCAGCAAAGAGGGCAAAACGAUAGCUGCUACUUCUAACUGUUAUUUAUUUUACUCCAGAUGUUUUAAGGUUCUUUUUAAUGAAGUCUCCUAAACAGACAUUAUUUCCAAGCAGAUGUAUAUUCAUUUUAUCCAUAUUAGGGUAUGACACUGUUUUCAAACAAAAAUAAACUUACUUGAUAUUUAUGUAUUGAAUUAAGCACUUCCCAGUUAAGACAUAUGAAUAUGUUGAUAUUCUGUAUAUAUGGCAUGCACAAUAUGUUGUAUAGGGCUUGUUCUAUGAAACCACUGCUUUUAAUUCACUACUGUUUUAUUGUUUACAGUAUUUUAUUGUUUUAUACCUCGUAAGAUAUAAUGACCUGCUUUACAGUAUUUGUGAAAAUAAAUUUGCACUGGUAACAAGAGUCCCCAAUAGAAAUAUCAAGCUGUCUUCAAAGCUUUGUAAAAUUCUUUAUUGGUCCUCCCUGCUCAACCUUCAGGUCUAAUUUUCUGUUUUAUUAGACCUAGUUGAUCAAAUCAUAGUGGUCCAUCACACUGGGAGAGACAUAAUUUUUUUAGGUUGUCAUUCCCCCACUUGUAUACUUUUGUGUAGAGGAGCAUGUGUUGUUCACCAUACUGUAGAGAACAUGCAGAAUGUAAUUGUGUAAGUUCUAUGUUGUGCCACUGUGAUAGGCUUCAUAUCUUCUCUUCAGUGAGAGUACACACCUUUGGAGCUAACUUCUAGUCACUGCUAAUUGUUACUCCCCAUUUCACCUCAUCCGCAAUGAAAGCAAACAGGCCAUUCAUUUUUCCCUGCAGUAGCUAACCAUCUGACACCCAAGUCAUAAUUGAUCUCAGGUCACCAGAGGUCCAGGCAGUUGUUCUAUCCCUAUAACAUAGGUCUGGCUUUUUUUCAGGUGCAUUGGGUCAAGCUAUGAGAACCAUUCCUGGUGGUCCUGUAUUGGGUAUUACUUCAUCAGUCCAAUCAGCAAUCUGGAUUUUUUUUUUCAGAAAAGUCCAGUAUUUGGGGCUGUCUGUGCAUAUGGUUGGUAAAUGCCAUGGCAUAAUGAGCUUCUAUACCUGGAGCCUGCUGUUUUUUUUUUUUUUUUGGAUGCAGAUAAGGUCAGAUCUUUUGUUUGUUUUGAUACAUGUACAAGUCAUAUCUUUGUCCUUGUAAGUGCCCAUGUGGCCAUCGAAUUACCAGCCAAGAUGCGCUGGUAUUGCUUGUACUUUUUCAUGGAGUAGCACAGUUUUGAUAAUUGCCACAUCUGCCACAGAUUUACUCCAGCUACUCAACUUCUAAGCUAGGAAAGGUUGUUGGUUCACUUCACAGUGAUGUUAGCGGUCAAAGGCUGUACACAUGGAGAUUGAUUAACUUGCCAUGUGUCAGAGCAUGACCAUAAGGGCAAAUGCUCAAGUCCAGGUCCAGGCUUGAACCCUCUUAGGGUAAGAUGAGUGGUCCAAUGUUCUGCUGUAUCCCUUCAAGCCCAUUAGAUGUUUCACCCUCUGCUAGUGAGGACUUGAUCUUAAGCUGGUCCUUAUCUUCAUUGAAAGACAUUAUGGGCAGAGUAGACAUGGGAAGAUGCUUCCAGAGGUUCUUGUGCCAACCAGUCUCCAAAUGGUCGACUGAGGGUCUUGGUCACCCAACCUGAUCCUGGAGUUCUGUCCCUUGGGUCAUAUGUUCAGUUGUUGGGUACUCAAGAGUAGCACUGUAAUCCUGACUGUGGCCUUCAGACCAGCACUGACCAGCAAGGCAUAAUCAUGGAGGGACUACUUGGUCAACCCAUUGAGGGCUAGGGGUCAAGCAGUUGUUAGAUGUUUGAUAGGACUUGAGACUUGCAUUUAGGAUUGUAUUAUUAGCAAGUUAGAUGUAUGCCUUUUUUGACUCUGGGCUUCCUUUGGCUAGCAUGCAAUUUAGCACCGAUUCCUUAUCCAUGAUGCCAAGUUCCAGUGCAUCACACACUUGCAGGUGUACAAGUUCAUGUCCUUAAAGAGCAGGGUUGUGGUUUGCCUUCUCCUAGACAUAGCAUAACUGCCUCUGAGAUGGACAAGAAUAAAGAGGCCACCCCCAUGUCCCCUCCAGGAAGCCCUUUUUUGGAGGUGCUGUCAGGCUGAUGAGUAGUACUUUGGACUGAUGUCUUGUCCCCAUUUCCCUCUCACAGAAACACAGUUUCUGUGGAAGGAGCUUAGUAUCAUCCCAUCCCUGGAUGACUCCCUUUAGAGACACCAGUUUAGCAACUUCGAGUCACCAUGAGUCUCCCCCCAGAAAAGACUAAUGCCUAUUACAGGCUACCACCAUAGUGGGCAGAUCACCACAAUAAGCAUCCCAGUGCUAACUCAUAUUUGUCCUCUUUGCUUCAGCAUGGAUAUUCCAUAGAUCAAAGCAUCUCAUCACAUUGCUGCUAAACAACCACUUACACUUCUAAUAGAGAAAUUUGUGGGUGAGGUUGUUAAACAGGUCAAGCCAUGGGUUCUUUCAUGUUUUUUGUGCUUGAUGGCAUCCACAGUCUUCAUGAUAACAUUUGCGAAUCUGAAAAGGCAGAUUUUACAGUAAGCUGUAUGGUAUCAGUGGUUUCAGAGUCACCAUGUGCUUACAGACAUUUGUUUAGUGUUGGACUUUUGUCACCAUGUCCCAGAGAGGUAAACAGUUUCCUUCAGUCUGUUGGUAUAUUAACCCUUUCUGUAGCUGAGCGUAUCACUGGUCUUGAUCAUGGUGCUUCACUUGUAAGUCAGGAAGCCAACCUUCUAGAGCCAGUUGACAUAAACCAAAUGCAGAUCUGAGCAGUGUGCUUAUUUUUAAAGCUGGAGAUGAACAUUUACUUCCAGGGCCUUUCCUCUUCUAGUCAGACAAUAAGUCCAUCAUGUAGUCUUUAAACUGGGAAGCGAGCACAAAGCCGUUUACCGCAUGCAAAGAAGCACUGCUUAUUUGGCAUUGCAGCAUAGACAAGGGCAUGCAUCUUUUAGUGGGUCACAUCCCCAGGAAUGUUAACAAGCUAUAGCAUACUCUGUACCUGGCCUUUAGUUCUCUCAUGGAACUGCAAAUUCAGAGGUUUUGUCUUGUCAUUAUCUUCUAGAAGUGAAGUACUCCAGAGAUUGACCUGUUUGCCACCUGAGAGAACACAGUCAUGCUUUGUGAAGCAAGACAUUGUGGUUGUGGUGGUGGGGGGGCUGGCUGCAGUUCUCCCUUUUAUGGCACUGGUGAUUCAUACGCACCUUCCUACCAUUCCUGCACCUGAAAUUCAUGGAAGAAAGACCAAAAGACAUUUCUUCAUCCUAAGGCUGCCUAGACUGUGUUUGAUUUAAGGCCCUAGCGAUGCAGAAACCAUUCUUGGUCGUAACCAAGGAUGUCUCCCCACAGAAGGGCUAACCAGCUACAGCACAAAAGCUGACUUUUUUUGCAUAGAACCUAUUAUUUUGCCAGACAUGUCGGUGGAGUCUGGGAAGUGAUUAUUGCUGGUAGGAAAUAUUUCACUUGAUAGUCUUCUGCUUCCAUGUGGAAAAGGUUCCUAACUCCCUGUACGGCAGUACCCUCUGUUGCCAUAUUUAUUUUCUUUGAAGAUGACAUUGACCUUGCUCAGUCAUGUGUGUGGUCUAAUUGUCAGUUAGUCCUUGGUCAUGGUGAAUGUGCCAGCAAUUUAUGUAUGUCAUGAUGUUUUUGAGAACAGAGUUGGAGCCUAGCAUUGUCUUGCCAAGCAGUUCUUAAGGUAUGCUACAUCUCAGUCCUGUUAUAAGUAACCCAUCCACCCGUGAAAUUUGAAGUUCAUGGUAAACAAGUUUGCUCAAACACAGUUUGUACCUGCUGGCUCUGCAGAGUUGAAGUUUGUUUCAAGGAUCAAUUCCUGGUGGCUCUCACUUCUGUACAUCCCAUUUGAGAGUUUAUGGUCCUCUUGCAGGACACCUUAUGCGUGCUUUCACAUGAUUAGCUUACCCCUCAUGAUAAGCCCACGCUUUCGUGUAAGGGUGGUUUCGCAGGUUUCCCUGAGUCAGUCCAUCCAUUUUCCAGUUUUAAUGGUAAUAGCAGAAACCAAGAAAGAGUCUUUUGUACUUUAAGCAUGCAGUGUCAGCUUAGCUGUUUUUUGCAGAGUACACAAGUUCACAACAGCAGAUCAUUUCUUCACCUCCUUUGCCACAGGGAGAUGAUUUCCAAGUGAAUUAACAACUGUAAAAAAAAAAAUAUAUAUAUAUA